AGAAGAAAGACACUGUCCACUUCUUCACUCCUCUGUUUAUUAUUACUUCUACCACUCUGCUUUUUUCCCCUUUGUCCCAAAAAAAAACAAAAAACACUCUGCUUUUUCCCCCUUCUCGUAAGCUUUGCUGCUGCAGCAGUCAUGGGGAGAGCGCCCUGCUGCGAGAAAGUUGGGCUGAAGAAAGGGAGAUGGACUGCCGAAGAAGACCAGAUCUUGACCUCUUACAUUCAGCAGAAUGGCGAAGGCAAAUGGCGCUCCCUCCCCAAAAACGCUGGGUUGUUGAGGUGCGGGAAGAGUUGCAGGCUGAGGUGGAUUAAUUACCUGAGGGCGGAUGUGAAGAGAGGCAACAUCAGCAAGGAAGAAGAAGAGACCAUCGUUAAGCUCCAUGGCUCCCUUGGCAAUAGGUACUAUUUAAUUUCUCUUGUCUUUACGUGGUCAGUGAUCGCGGCCCAAUUACCGGGAAGAACUGACAACGAGAUCAAGAAUUACUGGAACUCUCAUUUGAGCCGCAAGAUUUACACAUUCCGCCGCUCCGCCUCCUUCGAUUCCUCCGCCUCCUCCACCGCCUCCUCCUCCUCUUCCACCACCACCGCCUUCGUCGACGAUGUCGGCGCCGCGGCGGCCGCGCGCAGCAGCAGAAAGCGGAAAAAGGCUGCUGCUGCGGCGGCGGCGAAGGAGAAAUCUGAGAAUCCCGUCCGGAACCAAGACGAGAAGACUGCGGCUCCGGUGAGCGGGAUCACUACCUCCGCCGGGGAGAAUGGGAGCGAAGGUGACGGCGGCGGGGAUUUGGGUUUCGACGGUGGAGAAUUGAUGAUGGAAUUGGAUGGAAACGUGGAAGUUGUUGUGGGAGGUGAAGAAGAGGAGGGGGUUUUGGGACCGUAUGAGUGGCUGGACAGUGAAAUGAACCGGCUUAAGAGUAAACUCCAUCAUUGCAGUGAAGAUGGAGGAGAAGGACAGGGGAAAGAGGAUUUGGCUAGUGGGGGAAUGAAGAAUGGUUGUGAUAGUGAAAGGGUCGUGGUUGAGAGUGAGAGUAAUAAAGGAAUUGAAAGCAGUAGCAGCAGUGCUAGUAACAGUAAUAACUGUAACUGUGAGCAUCAUGAUCAGGGGGAGGAGAAGGCGGAGGAAGAAUGGCUGGACUGGGACCAGAUCACUGGAGGAGACGAGAUUCAGAACAUUCAUUGGGAUGAAGGCGACAGCAGCAUUUUGUCUUGGCUCUUGGAUGGCAAUGAACAGCUGCAAUAAAAGGGAUGAAGGAAGGAAGGAAUGGUGGGAACAAGUUGGAUUGGAUUAUCUUGUUUGUUAGCUUGUUAUCUUUAGUAGUCACAUAUAUAUGUUUAAUUACUCUAGCUUUAUGUAUGGUUAUUUGUAAAUAGAGACUAUAGAGGUCUGAUUAGGUGUUGUUUGAAUGAAUCUCUCUGAGGAGAGAAAAGGGUACUUUUUCCACGUUUCAGAGAGGACAGGGAUCAAAUUGCUGCAGUUUUGGGUCUUGUGUUUUGUCUAUUUAAUCAUGUUAUAGCCACAGAGCAAUCAAGAGCAUGACAGUUUUGUUGAAUGGAUCUCUCUGCAAAAGGGGUACAUUCCUGCUCUGGAAGAGGAAUCAAUUAAGUGGCUGCAAAUUUUGCGUCCUUCAUCUUGGUCUCUCAAUGCUUUGAUUACAAGUUUCAAUAACCCUUUUAUUAAGAUUGUCUCUGUUUGUCAUGGCAGUCUGCUGGUCACAAUUUUGGCAAAGCCUUUGUAUGUGUAAAAGGUCAAGAGACAAGAAGCAAUCAAGAUGCAAUUUUCAAGUCUGUUGGGUGUUCAACGAAUCUCUGAAAAAGAGGUACUUUCCAGGUCUGAAGGAGAAAUAAAUUUGGCU